AUGAGCAAUCUCGUUUCUCAAUACCUAGAAGCAGCGCUAGACCGCAUGGCCAACUACUGGACGAAGCCAAGUCGAAUUCUCCUACUUGGUCUGGACGGUGCUGGCAAGACAACGCUGCUGUACAAAAUGAAGCUUGGAGAAGCCGUGACCACCAUCCCGACCAUCGGCAAACUGCGACCCUUGUGGCGCUUCUACUACGAAGGGGCCGAUGCUGUAGUGUUCGUCAUCGACUCGGCCGAUCGCUAUCGGAUCGACGAGGCAGUCCAAGAGUUGCACCGUGUCUUUGAGGACGAUGCACUUCGCGACUGUAAGCUACUUGUUCUGGCCAACAAACAGGACCACCCAGGCUGUAUGAACGUCGAAGAGCUCCGCGAGAAAUUGGCGCUACAUCGAGUGACAAGAAACCCGUCGCAUAUAUCGAAGACAGUGGCUGUGUCAGGACAAGGCGUUGACGAAGGCAUGAUGUGGCUCAGCAAGGUCGUCACUGGCAAAUAG